GCUACCAGAACCCCCCCCAACUCCACCGUUUAACAUCUGUAAUGAAAUCUGUAAAAAUCUCUUUCCUUUAAACAGAUUGGGGGGGUUUGAUUUUUUGUUUUGACAGUCCCCCUGUUGUUAGAUUGAUCGUCAGAGAAACGUGCACGUUUAAGGUCCAUCUUCAGGGUGGGUCUAAAGCCACCCUGAAUGUUUAACGAGAAUGUUUAACGAGAGGGGCCCGGCUAUUCCUCUUUUUCCUCUGAAUAGAUUUUGACAGCGCAGCCGUGUUGUUGAUGACUUUGGCUGCUGAAUCACCGAGAGAGAGUUCUGGUGACGUUCUCCACAGUAUGAGCUCCAGUCGUGGAAGCAAGUCAUUGAAGAUCAAGAGGGAGCUGGGCGAGAAUUCUCCGUCGCUGAUGGACCAGGAGCUGGUGACCAUGUCGGUGCGGGAGCUGAACCACCACCUGCGCGGCCUGACCAAGGACGAGAUCGUCAACCUGAAGCAGCGGCGGCGCACGCUGAAGAACCGGGGCUACGCGGCCAGCUGCCGGGUCAAGCGGGUGACCCAGCGGGAGGAGCUGGAGCGGCAGAAGGCCGAGCUGGAGCGGGAGGUGGAGAAGCUGGCCGCCGAGAACGCCGGCAUGCGGAACGAGCUCGACGCACUGCGCUCCAAGUACGAGGCGCUGCAGACCUUCGCCCGGACCGUGGCCUGCGGGCCCACUAAGGUCAACACCACCAGCGUCAUCACCAUCGUCAAGUCGUCCAACUUCAAACGCUAGCACUGUGACAAAGGUGGGGUGGGGGGGGAACAGCCAGUGGAACCCACCCCCCCCCCCCCCCCCGCUCCACCACCCC